UCAGAAGCAUCUGCGGCUCGCGCUGUGCAGCUGCUGCGGUCCUCGGUGCUGCUCGGUAACGGACAGAAGCUCCGGUGGAGGAGGCUGGAGGAGUCCUGAAGGAACGGAAAAUGUCUGCUAACAUGGGAUCUAUGCGUAUCCUCAUUAAAGGAGGGAAGGUGGUGAACGAUGACUUCACACAGGAAGCAGAUGUUUACAUUGAGAAUGGCAUCAUACAACAGGUUGGAAAGGAACUGAUGAUACCUGGUGGGGCUAAGGUGAUCGAUGCUUCAGGAAAGCUGGUGUUACCUGGUGGAAUCGACACCUGUGUGCACCUGCAGCAGACCUUUAUGAACGCCAGCAUUCAGGAGGAUUUCUACACUGGCACUAAGGUGCGUAAUGAGAUGGAGACCCUGGUGAGGGAGCAUGGUGUGAACUCCUUCCAGAUGUUCAUGGCCUACAAAGACCUGAUGAUGCUUCGGGACUCAGAGCUCUAUCAGACGCUGCAGACCUGCAAGGACAUCGGAGCUAUCGCACGAGUCCACGCUGAAAACGGAGAGCUGGUGGCAGAGGGGGCUAAAGAGGCUCUGGAGCUGGGCAUCAGUGGACCAGAGGGAAUAGAGAUCAGCCGACCAGAGGAGCUGGAGGCUGAAGCCACUCACAGGGCCAUCACCAUCGCCAACCGGGCCCGCUGCCCCAUCUACCUGGUGAACGUGUCCAGUGUGUCUGCUGGAGACAUGAUCGCUGCAGCUAAGAUGCAGGGUAAGGUGGUCCAUGCAGAGACCACAGUGGCUCACGCUGUGCUGAACGGGAUGCAGUAUUACCACCAGGACUGGGCUCAUGCUGCUGCUCACGUUAUCGUCCCGCCUCUCCGCCUGGACCCCAACACCCCCAGCUACCUGAUGGGCCUGCUGGCCAACGACACUCUGAGUGUCGUGGCCUCAGAGCACCGCCCCUUCCUCACCAAGCAGAGAGCUUUGGGUAAAGAAGAUUUCACUAAAAUCCCUCAUGGRGUGUCUGGAGUCCAGGACAGGAUGAGUGUCAUCUGGGAGAGGGGAGUGGUUUCAGGAAAGAUGGACGAGAACCGUUUUGUGGCUGUGACCAGCUCGAACGCUGCAAAGAUCUACAACCUGUAUCCUCGUAAAGGACGUAUCAUCCCUGGAGCAGACGCUGAUGUCGUGGUGUGGGACCCUGAUGCAACAAGGAGCAUCGCUGCCAGCACUCAGGUGCAGGGCGGAGACUUCAACCUGUAUGAAGGCAUGCGYUGCCACGGCGUUCCUCUGGUCACCAUCAGCCGGGGGCGUGUGGUGUGUGAGAACGGUGUGUUCAUGUGCGCCGAAGGCUCCGGGAAGUUCUACCCCCAGCGCAUUUUCCCUGACUUCCUGUAUAAGAAGAUGGUCCAGAGAGAGAAGAAUCAGGCCUACAAAGGUGUGGAGAGGGACCCGUACUCUGGAGACGUGGCCAAGGUGGCCAACUCCAUGAAGAAGGAUCUGGGUCUGGGUCCUGUAGACGGAGAAUCAUCCAACAAACCCACCGGUCGAGUUCACCAGGGGGUCCGAGACCUGCACGAGUCCUCCUUCACCCUCGCAGGGUCUCAGGUGGAUGACCACAUCCCGAAGAGGUCGUCRGCCCGGAUCCUGGCCCCUCCCGGUGGUCGCUCCAGUGGGAUUUGGUAAUGUUUGGUGCUGGAGCCUCACCUGUCCAAGCCUUUGUGUUUUAUUAAAUUUAAAGSAACCAGGAAAACUGCACUGAUUUUCCAGCACAGAAACAGGAAAACAAACAAAAACAGAUSAAAUUAAACAUGAGUUCGAUGAGUUUGGUUCACAAAGUGACUUUUACAAAUCUUUGUGCUUUGAUUGGUUUGAGCUGAUCACUUCCACCAUAAUGUAAAUUUUAAAACAUUUUAUCAAAUUCAAGCUAAUCGUAUUAAAAACCUUUGUUAGGAAGAGGAGCUAAAGUAACCUGUGAAGGAUCAAAACCAGUACAGUUUUUAAUGGUUUGAAGUGAUGUUGACUUCAUUGUUCUUAAAACCCAGUGGAUUGUGUGACGUAUCAGAAGUGUGUCACACACGUACAGUGCACUGUAGACACCAUAGCUUUAGUUUACUGUGAAGAUGUGUGGGUUGUGUUUGUGAUGAACCCUCCACCGGACCACCCAGAGGGAGACCACCAGUGGCUGUGUGGUGAUGACAUCAACUGUUAAAACUGUGUCUUUAAAACCUUUAACUUUCACUGCCUCUAACUGAACUAACAGGACUCCUGCUCCAAGAUGUCUGCUAGGACCCCAGGGUCUGACCGGUUCUGAUUCUACAGAACCUAAYGUGGACCUGCAGUGUACGAUGGUUAAACAUGUAGUUAAACAGGGAAAGUUUCUUUCUUUAUGCUAACCCAGAUUACAACAACAAAGAUUAUUKUAAUUUCUGAAGCAGAACGAAGUUUCUUCUCAGUCCUGAAGGAUGAGAAAACAAAGUUCUUCACAACGUCCUGAUCAGACAUUUCCUCCUGUCUGGUAUUUUACCACUUUUUAAAUGUAGUCCCUUUAAAACGGUUGUGUUCCUGUGGGUUUACAGCUCAUAAGAUCACGCACACAUCUAAACAUGUUGACUUGCAAACAACUAAAACUGAUUUAUCUGAUAAAAAGUCAAACAUCAACAUGAGAAAAAGGUUGUAUCUGAUAGUUGUUGUACAACUGUGCAGCGUCGCUUUAUGACACAAAACAAGUUUGAUCCUGUUAGUGCUGCACAACACUUUGUGUGUCCGUUUUAUCAUGGAGGGAUUUUUUAUCAGCAAAUGUUGUUGUUCUGCUGAAACACUUUACUAAAUGUUCAAACACACACUGAUCUUUACAAAACCUCCAGAUUUGAAAUAAAAACACAACAUCCAACAUUAAAGCUGUUCAUUCUGUGCAUCUCUAAUGGGAAAACAUUGUCGUUACACUUUUCCACCAGUAGCUGCAGGAAUUCRCAUUAAGUUGUGAUAAAAGCUGUUUGUGUACAAACUGUGUGUGUUUGCAGGAUUGUUGUUAGAGCAGUGUUUGUUCACAGAGCAGGAAGAUUGAGCUGCACUUUCUGAAACACACAAACUACUGAUUGUCUCUCCUCCUGUUCAUGUCUCAUUUCAUGCUGACUACUGUUAUAUUUAUUCAUGUUUCAGUGUUUAUUUAUUUAGAAAUGUUGCUGUAUUAAUGACUGUUGGAGGAAUAAAUGUGCCAACUGGAAACAAGCGGUGCCACACUGCAUGGAGGGACCGUUAAGUCUSCACUGAAACUCACAAAAUCAUUAAAAAUGGUGCUUUUUUUCUAGGAUGACUUAUUAUACAGUGUUACUUUGUUAAUGGACAUUUAUUUGUCAUGUUGAAGGCACUGUGACUGUGUGUGACUGUGUGUGACUGUGUGUGUUUGUAGCUUCUUGUGUUGGAAAACUCUAAAGUGGCUGUUUGUUUCUCACCACAAUAACAACAAUUUAAUAAAGACAAAAAAAGUAACGAGA